AUGCAGAACAAUGCCGCUGCCCACACCGGCCCUGAGGGAUCUGGUACCAGUCACUUUUUCUAUACCACAUCUGGUGGAAGGCUGGCAUCUUUCAUUAAAGGAGACAAGGACCGAUACUAUAAACAACAGUCAAUCACUAUUUCAGGUGGAUUCACCAUUGAUACCAAGAAAAAAACUCCUAUCAGUGCAAUAGGAUAUAUGCUCAGUGAUGACAGCCAGCUUCGCGUAUACUAUGUCGCAAUGGAUGGUAAACUGAAAGAGCUCUGCUGGAGCAAGUCCAAGGGAUACUUUCCAGGAGCUCUUUCUAAAAAGAAUUAUGUAGUGGCGGAUGCUAGUGGUCUUGCAGCGUCAGUUGAUAAAGGACUCAUUGAGGUCUACUGCAAGCUGGAGAAGUACGACGACAGUUACGCGCGGAUCUGGCUCAGCGACCCGAAAACUGAAACUUGGAAUGAUGAAACUCUAGUUCAGAGCGACUUGUAUUAG